AUGAAGUUCGGCGCCAUUGUCUCUCUUCUCUGCAUCGCCGUCGCCCCGGUCAUGGCCUCGGAAGAUGUCACCUCUGUCUCGACUACGACCAUUACCAAGACCCUGAUUCGCGUCAACUCGGUCACUGCCACCCCCAGCUCCAGCGCGACUCUGGUGUCUGUGUCUGCAUCCGCGACUUCUACUCCUCUGGUCUCUUCCUCUUCCGCCUCGACCCCGGCUGCUGCCUCCCCCACCAAGACUGGCGGAGCUGUCGCUCUCGGCGCUGGUAUGCCCGCGGCCCUGGUUGCUGGAUCCUUCGCGCUGAUUAUGGGCGCCGCCCUGUAA